ACCUGUAUAUAAUUAAAUAUAGAGAACUUAGUUAACACCAUCAAAUAUUUAGGUUUUUCAGAGUUUGUCUCUUUUGUAAAAGUGCAGUCAUGGCAGAAAGUGUCACAAUCUCAUUGAGGUUAAGUAUUAAACUUUGUGGAUUAGUGUCAGAGUCUUCCUGGUGUCAGACUUUGACCACUCUCUCACUGUGUCUGAACAGUAAAUGAUUGUUCUGUCUGGCACCCCGCUCUUGUUUACCUCCCUGUGAACUUUGCCCAGUGUGGGUGACUGUCAGAAGGAUUACGGGUAGAAAGAGGGAACAGCCAGUCCAAUGUAAGGGAAAAUGUGCAUAUACAAUCCCUGUGAUAUUGCACAGGCCAGGUUUAAGUUGAGUGUGUUAGCCAGGGGAUCUUUUAUAUAAAGACAAAUCCCAGAGCUGCUCUACACAGUGAAUAAUAUGAAAACCACUGUGACUCUGCAGCACCCAUGUAAACUUUACAGUGAUGCUGGUGCAUUUUCCGAUUCAUAGCAAAAAGUUUUAUAUUUAGAAAUUAAAACACUCAUUAGGAAAAGUAUCUAUGAUAAGUGGUAUAGUAUGUGUCACCUGACAUGUUCAAUUUAGUGAACUGUCUCAAAUCCCUCCCCAGUAAAAUUAAUCAUUGAGUGAAUUAAAUCAGGGCACCAAUUACAGAUUCAAUGAAUAUGGGGACACAUCACCUGUGACACAAUUUUGGGACAGAGAAAGAUAACAUCACAUCAAACAACUCCUGAUGGUGGGCUACAAUGUCAUGAAAAAUGAAGUUAUAAAAGUUAUAAAAAUAAAUGUUUAUACACUGCUUAGCAUUUGCAGGAAUAACAAUGGCUGUUAUAAGCCAUUGUCAUAAGCAAACUCUGAGUGGCAGCACAACUAGGUGUAAACACAACAUUAUUGCCUUAUAACACUGAUAUGGCGAACAUGUUUGCAAACAUUUGUCUAUUUACGCCCCCCAAUCCAGCGGACAAAAACUUCAGCAUUCAUUUGAAUUCUGUGGAGGAGUCUGGCCACCUGGUGAAUGCGACUCACUCUGUGCGUCUAUUGGCUGACGUUUGGAGGAGAGGGCUGGGCUUGGACCCUUUGGGUGCGGAGGGAGUCUGAGGGAUGAAGGCGGACAGGAUGCAACUUCGCCUCAGCAGCGGGCCUCAUCCCUCCGUCCUCCCGGCGAUGCGCUGUGGGGUAUGACGCCAGGCCGUUUGACGAGCGCAUUACGUGGGACUGGCAGAGCAGCACAGCACCCUGGAUCCUAGUUAUGUAAUGCAUCGGAUGCUGCUGCACGUGAAUUGCAGGGUGAAAAACUGGCGGAUGGCAGAUUCAGUGACAAAUAACGGCGUGUUGGCGUUUGACUGAGCGUACAGGCGUCUGCUGUCUGCAAGUAGGCCUACAAUGAUAGAAGUACUUGUAAAUCGCUGGAGUGCAGUGUGAAUGAGCCAGUCUGGGCAUCAGUGGCCUAUCCGUGAGGUGCACAGACGUCUGGAGCCUGCGGAAGCUGCACAGCUUUUUUUUUUUUUUUUUUUAAUUUAGCCGACCAGAGGCGACUCAGUUUAAAUUCGUCUCCCAUAUCAGUGGAAAUAAACCAAUGCGGGUUUGUUUCAGAGAAGAAACAGGUUCACAUUUUGUUCUCCAUCGCACUGGUUUAAUCCAGCAGCCACUGAGCCGUGGUAUAAACAAUGGCGGGUCCCGAGCAGUCCCAGCAGCAGCAGCAGGUAGAGGAGAAGGCAGAGCACAUAGAUGAUGCUGAGAUGGCCCUGCAAGGUAUUAACAUGCUGCUCAACAACGGAUUCAAAGAAAGCGACGAGCUUUUCAGGAGAUACAGGACCCAGAGUCCACUGAUGAGCUUUGGGGCCAGUUUCGUCAGUUUCCUGAAUGCCAUGAUGACAUUUGAGGAGGAGAAGAUGCAGACGGCCUGUGACGACUUGAGGACCACUGAGAAACUGUGUGAGAGUGACAGCGCUGGAGUCAUAGAGACAAUCAGAAACAAGAUUAAAAAAAGUAUGGACUCCCAGAGGUCAGGCGUUGUGGUCGUGGACCGCCUACAGAGACAGAUUAUUGUCGCUGACUGUCAGGUGUACCUCGCCGUGCUCUCCUUCGUCAAGCAAGAACUUUCAGCUUAUAUCAAAGGAGGCUGGAUUCUUCGUAAGGCGUGGAAAAUGUACAAUAAGUGCCACAGUGACAUCAGCCAGCUGCAGGAGACCUGUCAGCGGAGGUCCUCUGUCCACCAGGAGUCCCUCACGACAGACAACGCCAACCACAAUGUGCCAGUGGAGAACGCAGUGACGCCCGAGGCCCUGGACCGGCUCAAGGGCUCCGUCAGCUUCGGCUACGGCCUCUUCCACUUGUGCAUCUCCAUGGUACCACCACACCUGCUCAAGAUUAUCAAUCUACUGGGUUUCCCUGGUGACCGUCUUCAGGGCCUGUCCUCCCUUAUGUAUGCGAGUGAGAGCAAAGACAUGAAGGCGCCACUAGCUACGUUGGCCCUCUUGUGGUACCACACAGUAGUGCUGCCUUUCUUUGCUCUGGAUGGCUCUGAUACACAUGAGGGGCUGCUGGAGGCCAAAGCUAUUCUGCAGAGAAAGUCGGUGGUUUACCCCAACUCAUCCCUCUUCAUGUUCUUUAAAGGACGGGUUCAGAGGCUAGAGUGCCAUAUCAACAGUGCUUUGGCCUGUUUCCAUGAUGCAUUAGAGCUUGCAUCAGACCAAAGAGAGAUUCAGCAUGUGUGUCUCUAUGAGAUUGGUUGGUGCAGCAUGAUAGAGAUGAAUUUUGAAGAUGCAUUCAGGUCGUUUGAAAGGCUGAAGAAUGAGUCGCGUUGGUCGCAGUGUUACUAUGCCUACUUGACCGGAGUGUGUCAGGGUGCUUCUGGUGACCUGGAUGGAGCAAGUGGCGUUUUCAAAGACGUGCAGAAGCUGUUCAAGAGAAAAAACAACCAGAUAGAGCAGUUUGCUGUCAAAAGGGCUGAGAGAUUGAGAAAGACUUCCCCGACCAGAGAGCUGUGCAUCCUCGGUGUAAUUGAAGUGCUCUAUCUGUGGAAAGCGCUUCAAAACUGUUCCUCUUCUAAACUGCAGAUAAUGAAUCAGGUGUUACAGAGUUUAGAUGAAGCUUCGUGCAGAGGCCUGAAACACCUCCUUCUUGGUGCCAUUCACAAAUGUCAUGGAAAUAUGAGAGAUGCUGUGCAGGCAUUCCAGCUGGCUGCUAGAGAUGAGUACGGACGACAGAUCAACUCAUAUGUACAGCCAUAUGCUGUCUAUGAGCUUGGAUGUAUACUCCUUGCAAAACCGGAGACAGUGGGAAAGGGGAGGUCAUUGCUACUUCAAGCUAAGGAGGAUUUUACAGGCUACGACUUUGAGAACAGACUUCAUGUCCGCAUCCAUUCAGCCCUUGCUUCUUUGAAGGAAGUAGUGCCUCAGUGACUCCAGGAAAGGAACCUACAAUACGCCAAGCCUUUCAAAAUAACUGUAUGACAUCCCAGUGAACAGAGUCCUGUGUUUUUCAUUCUUAAAGGAGAUACACUUGUUUGUGCUCUUACCCAGUCAUUGACAUGAAUUGUCAUUUCUGUGCAUUUUGUACAGAGAUACUGUAUAUAUGGGUAUGUUUUAAUACUUUCAUAGCACAAAGUAUAUGGGAAUGGCUACCAAGUUGCUAUGGCUAGCAAGUUAAAAAAAAAUAUGCCUAAAAACUACAAAGCUAUGAUAAUUUUGUUAGCCAGCAAGGUAGUGAAUACAUACACCAGGCAAGCCGCCUGUGGGACAGGAAUGUUGAGGGGCAGAGCAGUUUUUGGUGAAAGAAAAAGCUUCUUGUAAAACCACAUUUCUGUUUGAUGACAUGUUCAUAAACAGUAUGCCCUGUAUAAAUAAGAUAUAUUUGGACUUGUUGGAAGGUAGCCUACAUUUUUCCAAUUUGACAGACCUAAGCUAACUUGUUUCUAAGCUGUUUCCCCUCGCAUCCUGUCCUAGCGCUAAGCUGCGCUAAACAUUCUCCUGGUCUAUUUCUGAACAAGAUUCACAGAGAUGAAAUUGAUAUCAAUCCUUGACUCUGGGCAAAACAACAAGCAAGCUUAUUUCCCCAAAUAUGUAACUGUUCCUUUAAGUGGUUUUUCACACCAAAAUGUAUUAGCUAACUAGUAACAUUUUCCCCAUUAACUUGUAACUUGUGUAUCUGGAGGAUUUCAAUCAUGCCAAUCAUGAAAUUCAGCACAUAAAAGUAACUUCAUAGAGAUCAUUUUUCCCUUAAUAGAAACUUUACAAUGAGUAAUAUAAAACACAGGUAAUAGUAUGUUUUUUUAAAACUUCAUUUAAAAAUAUGCUCGGCAUUUCAGCAUCUUACCUACCUUCAAUAAUAAAAUAGAAUUAAUAAUUCUUUGCCAUGUCAUAUAUCAUGAAAAGGAUAAGGGAAAGAUUAGUAAAAUCUAAUAUUUGAUUCUCUAUAUUCUGAGAAAGGACUCCAUGGGUUGUUAAUUUUCCCGCAGUUAUUUCAAAAGUAGUGCUUUUCCUAAUUAAAAUUUCAAUAUCUGCUUGUCAAGUUGCAAAUGAACAUUGAGUCAUAUCACAAAGGGAAAUAAAUAAAAUGACAAACUUGUAGUCUAAUUAGUUACCAUGGGAAUAGUUAAAUAGCGCCAAAAUUUUCACUGAUCAUCUAAAAUCACACAUAAUAACAACUCAGUUGCUGUGAAUUAGUUAUUCACAUUCAAGUAGUAGUAGUUAAACAUUUAUACGAACUGAGAAAUCACCACACUUAACAAUGCCCUAACGACGUUUUUAUGUGGAAACACUGGGCAUUGAUCCUGUGCACUAUGCAUGGUAUGGCAGGGUAACAGUGGCUCUAAGACUGUAUUGAAGUCAGAUGUACAGUACCUGUGUGUCCAUCCCUGCAGAUACAUUAAGGUAAUAAAAUACAGUACACUUGGUACUGUAAUGUUACCAUUGAAAGGUGCUGCUAAAUGUCAGCCUAAUAAACAUAUAUUUCUAGUGACUUAUUUUAAUAGUGUAUUAGUGAUAAAUGCUUUUGAAUUAGUCCAUAAUAGUGACAAGUUUCUUCAUUACAUAGCAAAAGUGUCAUUUACAGAAUGCUAUUUGAGUCUUGAACCUACAAAUCCAGGCUGAUGCAAAGGUGUGAUCUUGAAUUGGACAAAGAAUAUUAUUUCUGUGAUAAGAGUGAUUUUAACAAACUUUCUCAACACAGUUUCACACUGUACAUAUUAAUUAUUCUGUGAAGGUUAUUGUGUUUUAUUAACUAAGUUCUUGUCAUGCGAGCAAUAUAAGUAAAAGGAGGGCAUCUUACAGUAAUUUACAAAUAACUGUGUUUUCAUCCCAUGUUCAAGGUUGUGGGCAUACAGAUGUUUUGCGCUCAUUAAGCUGGUCAGACAAAGUCAGUCAUCCCCUGUGGCUGUGAUGGAUGUAAACUGUGGUAGAUGUUGAGGUGACCACUGUGCAAGUGGUCUGUGCGGUGCAAGUAAUGUAAUGGUGAAAUGUCAGUAACCUACGUGCUGUACCGAAUACUUCUGUCACUGAAUGAAUUUUUCCUUUUGUCAUGAAAUUUUGGUGAAAUUGAGAUCAGGAUGAUGGUGUUCCAAUCUGUCACUGAACUCUACAAUAAACUGUUCUCUAAUAAUCUA